ACGCGUAUCGGAUUCCCUUUUCCUUCCUAUCUUCUCUGAGUUGCCGAUUGUCAUACAGACGUUUGCCAGCACCAUUGCUCUUUAUGAAACCAGGUAGUGUACAUUCCUACAGUUGCUGCUAAGCUAAGCGAAAAGCUUGGUUGACAUUGCUUUCCAGCGCACUGCCGUAUACCCCUCAAUGGGACAAGCCAAUAGCAUUAUUAAGAAAAAGAAGGCCGACGCCUCUCAGAAAGCUGCUCCUCGGGCAAGCAGCGACGAUGACGAUGUGGAAGGGGACAUUGCUUCGCCUCAGCGCUCAGUGCCCCGGCAGCAAAGGAGGGGCAUGGAUGACUUCGCAGCUGGACGACAAAUCAAUUGUCAAGCAGUGCUAUCUCCACCGAACGGUACAGCGCUGCAGACAAAGUGCCGGCAACAUGAGCAGCAGGACUUUGGCCUAACUGCGCUACGUCCAAGCCUAGAUGACAACACCUGUGCUGCGCUAUUGGCUCUGCGCUUGGGGCGAGGCAGCAGCGUGGGGGGUCUAGUUGACCAGGUACCGGAGCGGCACGGAUCAGCCUUGGACACAAUGGACGGCGUGCCGGAGGAGGGGUCCGUGCGGGCGGGGGCCAGCAACAGGGGCGUUGCCCCUGAGGGCGCGCGGAGCGGGCUGCGGGGCAGCAGCGACAUCAGGAGUGAGGGGUCCAACGAGCACCUUGCGAACGUGUUGCUGGCGCCAAAACGGCACUGCUUGCCCGGCGCUGCUGCACCCAAGGUGCCUGUAGCAUGUACGGUUAGCCAUUAGGAGGGCGUGGUGGGCUUGGGCUCAGCAAUCUUAUGAUAGGGUGAGGGGGGAGAGCCUCGCAGCGUUCUGGGUUAUGCAUGCCUCAGUUCCUAGAGGGAAUGAGAUGCCGCUCAGUUGCGGUCAACUUGUAUUUGGUUUGUUCGAGACUGGAAUUGCCACAGGGGCGGCGCUAUUUUAGCACAGGCUUUAAUCCCUUAAACAACGGGCACACAAUAGAUACUAGGCAAACGCGCAGAGCCCAACAAUCGGCUCCGUGAUGAGACUGCCACUGUAUGGGUCAUGCGCUUUCAUGUGUACAUGUAUGAGUGUUGUGCGUACAAAAGCAGCGUUGGCGACUUUGCUCGUGAAGUCCACAGGCGAAAGGUACGUCCGCGCCGCUUUGUUGAGCAGGUCGUGCCUGUCGCUUUCAGAGUUGCUACGUACCGGGAGUAGGCUGGGUGCGGGGCUGCAGUGGGGCUGCAGCGCCGUUAUGGGGCCUUGCUGCCUUCCUUACCCGCGCUGAGAGGCUGAACAUAUUGCCUUGAUUUGGAGUGAUUCAGUUGUUCCCAGGAGCGGCAGGUGCAUGGGGCGUGCAUGCAGAUAAGUAGGGUUUGACUAACUACGUGGGAUGGACGGUGGAAAGAAUAAUAACAUGGUGCCAAAAGCCAUGGCUUUACUGCUGAGGUCGGGAGAGGCUGUUACCGAGCUGUUUAUGACAAGGAUGACAAGGCAGGCAUGCGGAUGUUUCUUAUGUCGCUAAUUAGCGUUCAGCAGGACGGGCGCCGGUAGGUGAGAGGAUGGCCCGGUGGCCUUGUCUGUCCCUUUAUCCGCCGGCUUGAGAUUUGCUAGUCAAUCGUUUUAAUGCUAUGGGGAGGGCAGUGUACUUGUUCUGUGCAGCAUUUGCUUGCUGCCGUGAUGAGCGGUAGUAAUUAUUGUCAUGCUCGGACUGCAGCGACAGUGUUCAGCCCUUCUGUGGCUUAUUAUUAAUGGUGUGCGGCCACGUCGAAGUGUGGCGGGGAACUCGCGUCAAGAGUGGCGGGGAACGGACACGCUGCCGUGCACGGCUUUGCCUGCCCAAGGGUAAGAUGUCCGGUUGCGUCGGUUUUGCGAACGGACGCAUUUCAAUUCGUUGGGACAGGCAGAAUUUCAUUCGCCAUGCACAUUUGCCAUGCGCGGUUGCCAUUGAGUCAAGUGUUGCUGCUGCUGACGUCAAGAUGGUCGAGUUGUGUGCUGGCGACACCACAACGUCAGUAGGCGGCCUUCAUUUGUUUAGGCAGUCCUGUUCACGUCGGGAUUUUGGUCGGUGCAUGUUGGAAUGGUGUGUUUUGGCGUGGUGGGUGUAAUGGCAUGCGUCUUCGUAGGGUGAUUAACGUGCUUCAGGGCUGUUGAGGAUGAUCCAAUAAUGGGCGAUGCACGGUCCUUGAUGUAUUGCCUGGUCUUGACUAGACACAGGAAUGGACGCCCUUGGGAUGGACGUGCGUCGACAACAGCUAACGCUGACCGACGGGAUGCCCUUUACAUAUAGGGCGAUGAACAUGUGCUUGCAUGUAACCAUGCAUCUCUUUAAUGGA